AUGGGGGCCUUCCCCCCGCCCCUGCAGCAGGUGUUCCAUGCCCCCCGCAGGCCGGGCAUGGGCACCGUGGGCAAGCCCAUCAAGCUGCUGGCCAACUACUUCGAGGUCGAGAUCCCAAAGAUGGAUGUUUACCACUACGAGGUGGACAUCAAACCUGACAAGUGCCCGCGACGAGUCAACAGGGAGGUGGUGGAAUACAUGGUGCAACACUUCAAGCCGCAGCUCUUUGGAGACAGGAAGCCAGUUUACGACGGAAAGAAGAACAUCUACACGGUGCUAGCACUUCCCAUCGGGAGUGAGAAGGUGGACUUUGAGGUGACCAUUCCGGGCGAGGGAAAAGACAGAAUCUUCAAGGUGUCCAUCCGGUGGCUCGCCAAAGUGUCAUGGCGCCUCCUGCAAGAGACUCUGAACCUGACCGAGAACCUGACAGAGAACCUGACAGAGAACCUGACCGAGAACCUGACCGGGAACCUGACAGAGAACCUGACAGAGAACCUGACAGAGAACCUGACAGAGAACCUGACAGAGAACCUGACAGAGAACCCGACAGAGAACCUGACAGAGAACUUGACAGAGAACUUGACCGAGAACCUGACCGAGAACCUGACCGGGAACCUGACAGAGAACCUGACAGAGAACCUGACAGAGAACCUGACAGAGAACCUGACAGAGAACCUGACAGAGAACCCGACAGAGAACCUGACAGAGAACUUGACAGAGAACUUGACAGAGAACCUGACAGAGAACCUGACAGAGAACCUGACAUAG